GCGUCGCGGGAACGCAGUCCAGGGCCAUGUAAUUUGCCGACGCGGUUUUGCUGGUGGUAGGAUCCACUUGUAUCCAUGAGACAAAAAAAUGUCCGUACACCAUGAAAAUUCCAUUUCCAACCUCCAUUAUCAUUCUGUUUUUACCUUCUUGACUAAGAGAGAGGGGGAGAGAGAGAGAGAGAGAGACUCAAGUCAAUCUUUUUAGUCUUCACUAAAAGUUCCAUUCUCUUUUUUCUGCCUCUGCAAUCAUAAUACAGUCCGCCACUGCCUUGUUAUAUUUCUUGCUUUUAGAUUUAAUCUUUCCCAAUUCCUUCCGUUUCUGUUUGUUCUUACGAGACUGAUCAGUGAUGGGGGAGCAAGAGAUAGUUGGAUACCGAUUCUCUCCAAGCGAUGCUGAACUGGUAGGUCACUAUCUGAUGAACAAGAUAAAGGGCAAUGAGUCCAAGGUUUUCCCAGUUGUCGAGGUUGAUCUUUGCAAGAACGAGCCUUGGGAUUUGCCUAAAAUAACAGAGCGACUGGGAAUAAGGUCAAAGAGUCAAGUGUGGUAUUUCUUUUGCGCCCGAGUUUCCAAGUAUAACAACAGUAAACGCGCCAACAGAACCACCGCCGCCGGUUACUGGAAAGCUACCGGCAAGGAUCGUAACGUCAAUGACCCAGAUACCAACCGGGAAAUUGGUGCAAAGAAGACUUUGGUCUUCUACAGGGGCCGUGUCCCUAAUGGUGUCAGGACCCCCUGGGUGAUUCACGAGUAUCGCCUUUCAGAUCCUAAGCAGGAUGCUUAUGUUAUAUGUAAAAUGAAGAAAAAGGGAAGUGAAAAGACAGUGGAUUCAUAUGGUGAUCGAGGGGAACCAAGUCGACCUCCUGUUUCUGAUAAUGAAAAUUAUGCACCCAGAAAUACAAUUUUAGAGGAGAUUCUUCAAUCUCAAGUAAAUGCAGAUGACUACUUGGCAUCACUCAAUGACCAUGAUGUUUUAGAUCAUGACUGGCACGUUAAAUUGCCGGAUGAGGGGAUCUCGCUAAAUGACUUAGAUUGUUCCAUUGACUUGAGCAUUGAUCAGAAUGGGCCACAACAGCAAUUUUAUUUUCCUGAUGAAGAAGAAGAGUUGGAUCCGGAGUUCGUGAAUGCAUUGUUUGCUGAUGAAGACGAAUCUCCUCAUGGAGAAACUGUCCACACGUUUCGUCAUGGCUACAGCCAACCAAUGUCUGUUACAGGAGUUUAUUUUGAGAAUAGCAGUGACACAGAUACUGAAAUUCUCCAUGGAAGGAGUGGCAGAAUUCUGGAAGCAACUGGCUCAUCAGUUGGCUCUUCAAGUUCAAAUCAACACAAGCAGAUGCAUGUAGAAGAUGUUUUCCAUGGUGAUGAGAUCUUGAAAAGAGACUCUCUUUCUGAGCUGUUGCAUACAGAUACACCCGCCAGUGUAGAACCUUUUGUCACUACCAACACUUGUAAAGCUCAAUAUCGAUCAGUCCGUGGCUUUUUGACACAGGAAAGUCCCAAAAGAUUCCAGCUGCGGGAACAUGAGCCUGCACUCAAAAAUCAGGCCAAAGAGGUCUCAAAGCAAGUUACUUCUGUUGAUCUGAGAAAGAAGAAAAUUUCCAUGAAGAAUUCUGAAAAGCAGCAAAAAAUAGUUAAGGUUUCUGAUGGCCAAAACCAAACAAUUGCAAAGGGUAUGUCUUCUGGACCAGUUAGCAAUGAUAGGAAGGGUCCUUUCAUUUUCUUUGAGAAAAGUCAGUCAAGACAUGAACCAAGUCCCCCAUCGUUGUAUUUUGGUAAUGUACUUCUAGGCUUAUUUUUAUUUAUAAUUGUUGUUAGAGAAGUAGUAUAUUGUCAUUGAACGAUGAAAGUUUCUGUUAGGCAUGUGGUUUAUCACAACAAGACACCAACGAAGGGGCAAGACGAGAGCCGAACAUUGAGAGCCAUGUGUAUAUUUUGCCUGCAACUUAGUGGUAGUGAGAUUGAGAUAUAAAUGUGUUGAAGUUUGUCGGUAAUGCAAAGUACAUAAUUACUUAAAUGUUCUCUUAGCUAGUUCAAUUUGGUUGAUGACAAACAUGAAAUUAGACAAGAGUCCAAUUAGGUGUGUAAAACGAUUACUCUCUCAACCUUCAGGAUAACUCAACAAUGGCAGUUUAAAUUGAGAUAUAAA